GAUUUAAUCAUUUUUUUUCUUUCUGACCUUGACGUUUGUUGUUAGGUUCUCAAUGUAUUUAAAUGUUAGUGUAGGAUUGUGGACAGCCGUCAGAGAAAUAAGUAGUUGAGCCUAUGUCUUAAUACUGUCCUGGCGAAAGUUAAAACAUUUAAUAUUUGAAUGUCAAGUACUACAGCAAUACUUUAAAAUCAUCUUGCAUCAAACGAAAAUAACUUGUCUUAAAUCAUUAUGAGGUCAAAAUAAAAUAUACAACUCUCGAUUACUUAAUAUCACUAUUCAUCAAUUUUUCUUUCGCUCACAUCGUUAUUACAAGCUUGUUGUUGGUCGGUUUAAAUUAUUUUACAUUUGUAUGUCAGUUCGAUCUGUGCAUGUUUUUUAUCUGGCUAUAUGUCUCAGAUCCUUUCUCACAGCUAUUUGCAGCAUAUAUUAUUCUGUUUGGGUACCAUUCCCAAUUCGGAUUUUAACCGUUGUUACUAAUACGUUUCUGGUUAUAAAAUGAGUGACGAAGAUCAAGUAGUACGACAAAGAACAGGGGAUGUUGUAGAACCAACUACUAUUACUGCUUCUUCGACUACUUCUCAUACUAUCAAUAUCGAUACACAAGAUGAUGUAUUAAACGCUAAGAAACAAACAAGCGAUGAUGAUGACGAUGAUGAACCAAUUGAUCCAAUUAGACCGGAUUUUGAAGCCGCUGAAAAACUACAUCAAGGUACAAGUCAUGUACCGCCAAUAAUUGAUUUCUUAAAUAAAUUUCUUCCACCACGUUGGGUUAAUUGGACUGUACGAUUAUUUACAGGCCUACUAUUAAUUUCAGGAUUUACACUUCUUAUUUACUUGGGUCCAUUGGCAUUAGUACUUAUGGUUUUAGCUAUUCAAUUGGCUUGCUUCUAUGAAAUUAUCAAUAUUGGUUAUUUGGUUUAUCGAUCGCAUGAUUUACCUUGGUUUCGAUUAUUAUCAUGGUAUUUUUUGUUUACAUCAAAUUAUUACUUAUUUGGUGAAAGUUUAAUCGCCCGAUUCCGAUUACUUUUAGCUAAAGAAGAUUUUCUACAACCAUGGAUAACUCAUCAUCAGUUUAUUUCAUUUUCAUUAUAUUGUGCUGGGAUUGUUGCAUUUGUUCUGAGUUUAGUUAAAAGGCAUUAUAUUAAACAGUUUACUUUGUUUGGAUGGACUCAUGUUACAUUGCUUAUUUUCGUUACAUCAUCUUAUUUCUGUAUUGAAAAUAUUUUCAAUGGUUUAAUUUGGUUUCUUUUACCAGUUUGUCUAGUUAUAUGCAAUGAUAUUAUGGCAUAUGUAUUUGGAUUUUUCUAUGGGAAAACACCACUUAUUAAAUUGUCACCGAAAAAAACAUGGGAAGGUUUUAUUGGCGGUGGUUUAUCCACUAUACUAUUUAGUAUAUUACUAUCUUAUAUUUUAUUAAAAUAUGAUUAUUUCGUAUGUCCAAUUGAAUGGGAUGAUACAAAAGGUUCUUUAACAAUGAAUUGUACUAGAAAUCCUGUAUUUAUAGCACAGAUCUAUGAUUUACCGAAGUAUUUAUUCUUUCUUCCAAUACGUCAAAUCACUUGGUAUCCAUUCUUACAGCAUUGUUUAAUUAUCAGUAUAUAUACAUCAGUUGUUGGACCAUUUGGUGGAUUCUUCGCUAGCGGUUUUAAGAGAGCAUUUAAAAUUAAAGAUUUUGGUGAUUUUUUCCCUGGACACGGUGGUGUAGUUGAUCGUUUUGAUUGUCAAUUAAUAAUUGGAACAUUUGUAUUAUUUUAUUAUAAUUCAUUUGUUCGAACUUAUAGUCCUGUUUCUCUAUUACCAAAAAUCUACAUUUUACCACCAAAUGCACAAAUUCUAUUUUAUCGUCUACUUACGGAUGGUCUUUAUAAACGUGGUCUACUUCCUAAUCAAUUAGUAGAUGCAGUCAAUGAAUAUUUACCAUCUCCAUCAGGAUCAAGUUCAACAACAAUACGACCAACUAGUUCAUCAUCGCCAUCGUUGAAUAAUGUUGAAGUGUAGAAAGUAUUUGAAAAAAAGACCAACCAAUGAGAAUAUAAGCCAACAAGUAAUAGUGUUACAAACACACACAUACACACACAACAUACCUACAUGCUUCUGUAUGUUUGAUCGUGUGUGUAUGUAUUUGUAUUUUAUUAACACAUACACACACACACUAGAGCUACAGACAUUCAUGUGCGUUUAACUUAUUUUUCAUACAGAAAGAUGAAAUAUAAAAUUACUUCAAUAAAAAUACUUCUACUAGUGUGCUUGGUGAUUGUUCAAGUUUGAAUUUUACAAUGAGAUUCCGAUUAAAAAUGUGUUGUUGUUCUCCCCCCUCCCUCUCACUUUUAUCAUUAUUAUUAUUAUUCCCAUUACUUAAUUGCUAACAUGCUUUUAUUUUAUACUUGCCCCUCGCAUAGACAAGUGUAUUGUAGAUCAUUAACAUAAUGAGAUAUGCACUCACAUAUAUACAUAUAUAUAUAAACUGCAUACAGACACACACACACAGUCACGCAUUAUGAGGUGUACGACUAACGUUAAUAACUAGUCCACUUCACAUUGAAAUUUGUUUUCAACUUUUAAAUUAAUUAGUAAAUAUUUGUUGUACUACUUACUAAUUUGUACUACUUAUAUAUAAGUAGUAUGUGUUGCUAGCUGAAUUGAACUGAAAGAAAUCAUUAAAUACAAGCAGAAAUUUAAAAUGUGAAUCAUGAAAGUGUCAAUACAAUUGUGUUUUAACAGAAUAUGUAGAAUUUGUUUCUUGUUUAUUUUUAUUGUAGAAAAUAAAAGAAUAUAUACUGAUUUACUACUCUAUUCAACCCAGUCAAUGUAGUACUGUUUUAAUUGAUCAUCAUCAUCAUCGUCAUCAUUUAUUUUGUAUUGUUCACUUAUGUGGUGCAUUUCCCUCUCUCCCUCCCUCUCUCUCUCUCUCUACGUGUAACCGGCUUGUAUCUGUUUACAUAACCUCAUCAUCAUUAUUAUUGUCAUUGUCAGUGUUGUUAUCUGUUUUACACCCGUAUAUACUACUUACUAUACACUCAUUAACAUACAUUUUCUUAUCAAUAAGAGAAUAAAAGUAUCAAACAUUAAUAGGGGCGGGGAGACUGUUGCUAUUUCUAUUUAAUUAGAGUUAUGAAUAAUACUGUUAUGUCAUUCAAUGAUAUAUUCAUUCUGUGAUUUCUUCAUUUAAUAUCUAUGUGAUACAUAUUGAUGGAGUGUAUCAAUUUGACAGUGUGCAUAUAUGUAUGUAUAUAU